AUGCGUUCCAUAUUAGAUACACAUUCAUUAAUUUAUUGUGGUCAAGAAACACGUGUUAUACCUAAAAUUUUAGGAAUAAGAAAUUUAUGGAAAAAAUCUAUAUUAGAAUGGGAUAGAUUAAUUUCAGAUGGUAUAACAGAAAUUAUACUUGAUUCAGCUAUACAAGCAUUUAUUUAUGAAAUACUUGUUAGACAUAGUCAAUAUGCUAAUAUAUUAUGUGAUAAAGAUCCAUUUGUUUUAAAAUAUGCUAAAUAUAUUUCAACAUUAUUUACAAAUUCAAAAUUUUUAUUUUUAAUUCGAGAUGGACGAGCAGUUAUACAUAGUAUUAUGACAAGAAAUGUAACUAUAACAGGUUUUAGUUUAACAGAUUAUAGAAAAAAUUUAAAAUUAUGGAAUAAAGGUAUUGAUAUUAUGGUUAAAGACUGUAGAAUGAUUGGCACAUCAAGAUGUCUAUCAGUUUACUAUGAACAAUUAGUUUUACAUCCAAAAUUGACAAUAGAAAAUAUACUUAAAUUUUUAGAUAUACCAUGGAUAGAUAAUGUAUUACAUCAUGAUAAAUUGAUCGAUAAACGUAUAUUAUUAUCAAUAACAGAACAUUCUAGUGAUCAAGUCAUUAAACCGAUUAAUUUAGAACCAUUAACACAAUGGAUUGGACAUAUACCAGAUGAUAUUAAACGUGAAAUUGAUACAUUAGCACCAAUGUUGAGACAAUUAGGAUAUGAUACACAAUCUGAUAUGCCAUUUUACGGAAUAGCUGAUCAUUUUGUGAUUAAUAAUACUAUUGAUAUAAAAAGAAAUGCAUCAUUUUGGAAUGAAAAAAUGAGUCGUUAUGCUAGACGUUUAUCAAAUAUAACGUUUGAAGAAACUAAAUUGUAUGAAAUAAACAAAGAUAAAGAAUAA